AAACCUGGGAAGGGAAUAAAGUACUGGAAAUGUUAUACUUGUCGCGAAAGACCGUUGCCUUCGGCUCCGGAUCCUGGCCCAUCCACGCGACGGAAUGCGUUAAUGUCGGGCACUGGAUCUUCUCAUACGGAGGUCAUUGUCAUUUCUUCGGACGAUGAGUACAUGUCCGAAGCAGACAUCGUCGUUUCCAACCACCCUUUGUCAAGCCGGCAAGAUACUGAGCGUAAACAUCAAGCCUCUGCAUCACGAAAUGCACCGAGCACCAGUGUUGUGAAUAAGAGUAGCAGUUCUAAAACUCCCAGAGUAUCUCCGUCGCAGAGACGCGAGGAUAAGCAAAUGGAAAUCGACACUGCUCCCGAACACUCUCCAUAUAUUCCUCCUACAACAUCACCACAACCUCCUACAUCCCGAUUUGGACUGCUUUCGCCUCCUGCUGAUAGCAGGUCGACAACGUGCACCCGAGAUAACGUUGAGCACACUCUCCAACAUAAUUCAGAAUGCAAUACUGGGUCAACAAAUGUACAACCACGACUCGAUGCGAGAAAUCCUGCGCAUCCAGUCACUGUACUUCCCACUCCACCCGUUUCAUCGUGUGCAAGUCCACCUAUUACCCGAGGACCACGAAUACCACCAACUUGGUUAGAGCCCGAGCCAGGGGAGGAAGACGACUUUGGUGCUCGGCGUAUGCCUGCUCGCCUCAGUAUCAGAGCCACUGCUUCUUCUCAGACUGUUAAUGGAGGAGGGAGGAAGCCUAGGAAAGUUAAAGCAAAACCUUUGGAGGAGCAAUGGAACAGUAGGAGCCCUGGACAGCACCCUUUUUCAUUUGUUAGCUUACCUCGAUGAACUCGACGCAAAUCUCCCUUCUCCCUUCUCUCAUUUUCUCACCCAGAUGAGCCACUAAGUUUAUCUUAUCUUAUUGCAUUUAUAAUCUUGCAUUUAACAUCACAAUUUUUCACUCGGGAAUUUCGUUCUGCAUUCAUUCUGCCACUUUCUAUUGCAAAUUCUCUCACUUUCUUGCACUUGUUCAACAAUAUUUACUUCAGGUAUUAACCGUAUCCUUUGCACGCGUCACCUACUCA